AUGGCAUCACCAUCUGUACCGACUGGCAACACCCCCAAUCCUGUACAUCAAAGAGCCACCGCCACGAGUGCUCGGGAUGCGGGGACUCAUCUCACGAUGCUCAUCAAUGCCGUUUCACACAGACGCUCCUAUCCCCUCACCCCUCUUCGAGCUGAGGGAUGGCACGAGCUGUUAUCUAAUGCAGGCCUUCUCGCGCGCUACUCUUUCAUUGUACAUUCUAUCAGACACGGCUUCGACGUGAGAAUCAAACCCAUUUCAUUUACCAACACGCCUUCCAACAGUCGCACCCUCUUGGAACAUGAUGCCGCCUUUCACAACAUUGUGCACCACGAGUUGCAGCAAGGCCGUUACCUCGGUCCCAUGUCUCGCGCCACCGUCGAAUCGCUUAUCAGCCCCUUCCAAUCUUCUCCACUAUCUCUUGUGCCAAAACCUCACAAACCAGGUGUUUUCUGGCUCGUUCAAGACUUCUCCUUUCCGCGCACUCCUUCCGCAGUUCAUACAUCUAUUAACUAUCAUAUUGAUUCAAAUAAUUACCCUUGCACCUGGGGAACUUUCACAGCCUUUUCCCUACUAUGUUGGCGCAUUCCUCCGGGCUCUGAAGGGGCAGUUCGCAACAUUUCCGAAGCCUAUCGCAUCAUCCCUCUUGCCUCAUCGCAGUGGCCUGGCACCGUCGUUCGCCUAUCCGAGCGCGACGAAUUCGCUCUGGACACCAGUGCCGCCUUCGGCGUCUGCUCCAAUGCGGGCGUAUAUGGCAGCGUCGCAGAUGCAGGAGCAGACAUCAUGCAUUCCCAAGGCAUUGGCCCACUUUCCAAGUGGGUGGAUGACCACGUUUUCAUUAGAUUGCUCCGCUCUCACCUCACUGAUUACAAUCACAGGCGCAAGGAAUGGCGCACUCACAUUGAUGCUCACGGUGGCUGA